AUGCCGCAAUUAAUGCUGUUAAUAAGGAUUGUUGCCACAAGCGACAUUGCAAAGUCAAGCUGGCUGGCAAAGCAGCUGAAGUUGCACAGCUGGCUCUUUGACAUUCACCGCUCGUCCGAAGUGGGAUUCGUUAACUUGGUGCUGAAGGGGGCAGUUGACAUUCUCGAGUGCAUCGUCUUGAAGGACAUGUUUAUCUCGCAGGAAGUCAGAGUGGAAACGCUCGGGUUAGAGGAGGAUGCAGUUGACGAGGAUGGUGACAUCCGUUUCAGCGGCUGCAAGUCUGAGAGCUGUUUGUCUGUUGAGGAUAAUUUCAUCCUGUCAGGCGGCUCCAUCACUUUUGGGGACUGCGAGGACAGAGGUAUGGAAGCCGCUGGCAAUGUCAACCUGAAGAAAGGUGCCAGCAUGAGUUUCAAAGGUUGUGGUAACUUGCAGGUUGACGGCGGAGCCCUUUUUGUCAAAGGCAGUCUAGACGUGGAAGAUGAGGACGCAGGUGGCGCCUUCGUGUCCAUAGGUCCUGCAGAUCUGAUGGGGGAUGUCUUGAUUAGAAAUACAAGCAGCAACAAUCGUGGCGCUUGCAGCCUGAACAGCGGAGGAUCCUUCGAUGGUGCCGACAUCCGGUUCGAAAGCCUCAGCGGAACUGCAAAGCCGACCCUAGGUCCAGCUGCAAUAGACUCUAUCUCAGAUCAUCUGCUGACGAUCAAGGAUGUGUCUUUUGGACAGCACGUGAGUGUGACGGGCACCAUCGUGAAGACGAAAGGCCCGCUGGAAGUUGAAGGGGUAUGCUUCACCGCAGAUGCACAACAAUACCACUUCAUUGCGAUGGAGAGGCUGGUGCUGAAGGAUGUGGACUGUGACAGCGUGGAAUCCUGCAUCUUUGAACUAAUCUCCCCGAAUGCGGAGGCGGCGUACGGGUCAAUUCCGUGCAGACGUGGCUGGGGCAAACCACCAUCGACCACAGAGUCUCAGAUCGCAGGAUGUGCCCAGUGCCAGCCAGGUCGUGUCCAGCUUCAGCAUGAGGUUAUUUCUGAAUGCCAGGAGUGUCCCCAGAGGUCCAUUGAGUGCCUUCCUGACAGACUGACUGUUCGUGAAGGCUUCCAUGCAGUAGAGAGUGCUAAGGUGUUCACAUGCCCCAAUCCCGAAGCAUGUGGGGGAGGCACGUUGCCCUCCGACAACCUGUCAAUGUGUGAGGACGGGUAUGUAGGCGAGGGCUGUGCCCAGUGCGCAGAGCGCUAUGCUCCCUCGGACGCCAGCGUCUUGGUCUGCGUGCAGUGCGCCGAGUCGUCGGUGGCCCGGGCGCUGCAGGUGCUGGCCUGGCUGGGAAAAUCCGCUCUGGUCUUCGGCGUCGCGGCCAAGAGCGUGCUCGGAAGCACCGGGACUGCCAAAGCCAGCAGCAUCUAUCUGAAUCAGCUGCUGAGCUUCUCCACUGUGGCCAGCACGGUCAUGUCGGCGAUGUUACAGACGCCUGCUGCUCAAGAACUGCAAGAGGGAGUCGCCCGCUUCCUUUUCCAGGCCGCAAGCCUGGUCAUGGAUGUCGGCUCCGGCCAGGCCGUGGGUGGGGGAGGGCAGUCCGUGCAGUGUAUCCUAAAGUACAGCGGCCUGCAGCCAAGUGUUUGGAAAGGCCAGGUGGCCUUUGCUGCAGUGGUCGCAACGUUGACAGCCUUGCUGGCGGCAGCCAAAGGCCCCCGAGUUGCAGCCCUGGUCAGCAUCAAUUGUUUUUUUCCGGCUUUCCUGGGCCACUUCGGUCGGCAGCUGGUGUGCUUCCGCCUGGGCCAGACGGAGGGCCUGGAGGGGUUGGAUUGCCCGCAUGUGCCAAGCUUUCCCGGCGGCUUUGCUUUGGUGGUUGCCAUCACAGUCCUCACCGCCGCGGUGAUUUUGCGGGGUUGGUGGAGCCUCUAUGGCGGGGUGGCAGUGGAAGAGGCCAAGAAGGAAGAGGCUUAUGCCAAAUGGGAGACCGAGAGGUUGCUGAGGAAGACCGCCUUCACCCUCCUUGCUGCCAUGCUGCCGGUCUCGGCUUCCCCAUCUCUGCAGAUGUCCUCCCUGGGCCUCUUGCUGCUGACCUCCCUCGUCAUGUAUAUGCUCUGCCUACCAUACAAGAAUGAAAGGCUGGCAGUUUGCGUGUGUGUCUGUGUGUGCAACUCUUUGAAGAGGCGUCAUUGCGUCUUUCAUGUCCCGUAUCUCCACACUUGCCAAGUCGCUUCGUGA